AUGGAUGGACGAGCAGAGAUGGAAGUGAUAAGAAGCACAAAAGGCAACGCGACAGGGGAAGUCAGUGUCCAUUUGGUUGCCAAUGAGAAUACUGUGCAAAAUGCCCACCUACCAGCAACCGCCUUCAUCAUACCAGGUAGGUACUUGGAACUUGAAGCAUCUCGCUGUAUUUUCAGAGUCUCCUGCUGCCAUUGCUUCCAUUCUUCCUGCUCCAAAAGGCAACAACUUAUGUUUAUGGCCCAAAAGGCAAAGCUAAUACCCACCUGCUCUGUCCACUGGGUUCUGUGUGUUUGGUCAUUCAGUUUGCAGUUGAAUGUAUUUUCAGGGUACGUUAUUCAAAGCUGGCCUGUGUGCAGUGGUGAAUGAGGACCCACCCCCGCCCACAGACCCCUGCCAAGUACUCAGGCAUACCUCUGAAGCUUGUGAGCAAAGUAGAGGGCAGCAUCCAGCUAACACGUCCCAUCUACAGUGGUACCUUGGUUCUCAAACCCCUUGGUUCUCAAACGCCUAAAACCCAGAAGUAAGUGUUCCGGUUUUCGAACGUUUUUCGGAAUCCGAACGUCUGAUGCAGCUGUCUGCUAUUGUUUCCAGGGGCCCUGCACCAAUCAGAAGCUGCACUUUGGUUUUCAAACAUUUCGGAAGUCAAAUAGGCGCUUUUGUUUUUGCUAUUUGUUUUGCGUUUUUGUUUUUAGGCUUUUUUGGUUAAUUUGUUUUUGUGACUGUGUGGAACCCAGUACAGCUACUCAUUGAUUGAUUGAUUGAUUGUGUGACUGCGGAAAUGGAUAAAAGCUCCCCAUCCAAACAAUGACUAUCAUCAGUGCAGGUAAGAAAAAAAAUAAUUUUAAUUUUUAUCAUCUACAAUACUGUCUUAUUUAUUUUCUAGUACAGUACAUUGAUUAUUGCUUUCAUUUUAUGGAUCAGUGGUCUCUAUAGAUAGUAAAGUUCAUGUUAAAUUUCUGAGAACCAAGGUACCACUGUAUGCAUGGAUUUCCAUUUGUGCAACAUGAUUUCCCCCUCUCUCUCCUCCAGCCAUACACACCCUGCACUAUCAAAUCUCUGGAGGGUUGGGGGAACCCCCAGAACAAAUAGAGGGCGGGAGCAGGGGGAAGUCUCAUUAUGCAAGCAGAAAUCCUUGCGCUGAUGCUUCUGUGGAUACAGCCCAUUCAUUUAAAACUCGGAUCAGGUAUGAGAGCAGAUAAAGUUGUAGAAACACCUAAUGGCGUAGAUAAGUGCUGUAAGAAAAGCAACAAGAACCAAGAUGUAAUGAUCUAACUUGCAGUAGACAUGUGCCUUUAGGACUUGGAUUUGCUCUGCAUCUAUUGAUCACGGCGUUCUUGGGGUAGGAAAGGAAGAAGCAACUUUCCCUUCAUGCAUCCAGACUGUAACAUGUUGAGACUAAGGAGAGCAAUAUAAGCUUGUGGGCUUAACUAUCAAGUUUGUCUUUGUUUUGCCGGGACCUAAAGCUGUUCUCACCAAAUAAUGGUAAUGUGGAACUAUGCAAAGUGAGUGGGAAGCCUUGGCAAGCUUCAUAGACUCACAGGGUGGUACGGUUGGAAGGGACCCCAAGGGCAAUCUAAUCCAACCUAAUCCAAGGGCAAUCUAAUCCAAUGCAGGAGUCUUUUGCCCGACGUGGAGCUCAAACCCAUGCCCCUGAGAUUAAGAGUCUGAUUCUCUACCAACUGAGCUAUCCCUCUGGAAGUCAUUCAUCUUACAUCACCUACACGUAUAGCAGGGAUGAGAACUCUGCAGCCCCCAGAUGUUGCUGCUGCACUACAUCUCCCUUCAUCCCUGACCCAGCUUACUAGAGUUGGACUCCAGCAACAUCUGGAGGGCCACAGGUCCCCCACCCACCUCUGCCUUAUAGUAAAGGAUUUGGGCAUAUCCCCCCUACCCAUGUUCUCUUCCAGCCCUCUACUCUGCCCAGACUGUCAUGCUGUGUUCCUCCUUUGUGUCAAAACCUUCUGACUGUCUCUGCUGUGGGAGAUGUUUUUCACGUGCAUGCGCCAGGAGGUGAUGGUGACACACUGCUUUCCUUCCCCUCUUCACAAGCAAACACAACCACUGUAAACCUUCCAACAAGCACCUUAGAAAUCCAGCGAUUCCCUCGGGAACCCCAGAAAAGUGUGGGGUCCGAGAGGCAAAGAGAGAGCCUGGGAAGCGAGCCGAUCACAGCGACAGUCAUCCCCCAGAUCAGCGGAGUUCAGACCUGCAACACCAUCCGGGUUCUGGAAUGGAAGGAUGGAGUGGCCACUCUCCCUGGAAGCAACCUGAGGGUAAGCAGAAGAAAGUCUCCUUGCUGUUCCUAAAUCCCUUUCUCCUCAGCUUUCUAAGGGAGCGUUGGGUUUAUUUAUUGCUUCGUUUCAAAUUCAUAAAUCGCUUUAGAAGCAAACGCUGGUCAAACAGUGUACAAAAAAAUAAAGGGGAAAAAUAGGAAAAGACACUACAAACUCUUUAAAAACAAGAAAAGUAUUGUACAGUUUAUUAUUCCAUAAAAUGACUGGGUCACACUUUCAGGAACGCCUUCUUGAACAAAAAUAUCUUUAAUAGAUGCUGAAAUAGUAAGGCACUGGGUGCUUGUCUAAUUUUAGUAGUUGGUAACUGAUUCCAGAGGGAUGGAGCUGCAACACUAAAAGCAGUAAUGGUAGCAACAGAGGCUUCUUAACAUUACACAAAGGGUUAUGCAUAGUGGAAGGCUAGGUCCUUGCAUUCUGAGCUUUUUUUUUUGAUGGAAUGUGGCACUUUAAACUUCCCCUUUGCAAUCUUCAGUGACAGCACGAAACUCACUGCUUGCUCUUCAGCUAUUUUUCCAAUCUACCCUACUUUACAGGAUUGUUGUGAGGACGAAACAGAGUGGUCCCACAUUCAUUUUCCCUAAUCUCCUUGGGGCAAAGGCAGGAUACAGGUGUAUUGAUGAUACCGCCUUGAUUUCAUUCCAGAGCAAUACAGCCAUUGUGCCUAGAUUUCUCUUGUUUUUCCCCCUCCCAUAACUUGUUAACUUUCCCUCUCUUAUUGAUGUAGUUUCGGAUAAAUGAAUAUGGGACGCUGAAAGUGGUCAGUGCGGACAAGCUUUUGCCAACAGAGCCCCUAAAGGAGUGCCACUCAGAAAGAGAGGGAGAGGAUGAGGCAGCAGCACCUCUCAGCAAGGAUAAUCCCACCGUCACUCAAGGUGAGGAUUGCUCCUCAGCAAGGGUUCAAAACUUUGCAUGUAAUUUCACUUGUAGAAGCCCCUGCUGGGCCAUGGUGAUAAUGAAAAUGCUGGGGUGAUAUUUCUACCUCUUAAUUACAGGUUCCUCAGAUGUUUUUUUCUGUUGGAAGCUUGCGUUCACACCACACAUUUAAAGCACUAUGAUACCACUUUAAACCAGCAUGUCUUCCUCCAAGGAAUCCUGGGAAACGUCAUUUGUUAAGGAUGCAGGGAGUUGGUAGUAUAGCUGUCAACUUUUCCCUUUUUUAAAGAGAAAUUCCUUAUUCUGAAUAGGAUUCCUCACAAGAAAAGGGAAAAGUUGACAGCUAUGGUUGUUAGCAGACCCCUAUUCCUUUCACAAAGUUACUUUUCCAAAAGUUCCUUGUGAAGAGAGAUUCACUGUUAUACUACUCUGUGUGUUGUAGUUCUGUAAGGGGAACAGGGGGUCUUUCAAUAACUCUUAGCAAGCAAACUACGGCUCCCAGAAUUCUUUGGGGUAAGCCAUAAUGGUUUAAGGGACGCGGGUGGCGCUGUGGAUAAAACCUCAGCGCCUAGGACUUGCCGAUCGCAUGGUCGGCGGUUCGAAUCCCUGCGGCGGGGUCCCAGCUCCUGCCCACCUAGCAGUUCGAAAGCACCCUUAAGUGCAAGUAGAUAAAUAGGUACCGCUUUAUAGCGGGAAGGUAAACGGCGUUUCCAUGUGCUGCUCUGGUGCCGGUUCGUCAGAGCAGCUUCGUCACGCUGGCCACGUGACCCGGAAGUGUCUGCAGACAGCGCUGGCUCCCGGCCUCUAGAGUGAGAUGAGCGCACAACCGUAGAGUCUGUCAAGACUGGCCCGUAUGGGCAGGGGUACCUUUACCUUUAUAAUGGUUUAAAGUGCUUUAAAGGUAUGGUGUGAAUUUGGUCUAACUGUUGUUCGAGAGCACUGGGUGUCUGUGUCAAAUCACACAAUCGGCAGUGUGUGUAUGAAAAAUCAUUGACUGAUUUAUUUUAAAACAAUUUUAAAAUUGCUUAAUGGUUAAAAUCUCUCAGCAGGGCACAAACACUAAGCCAGCAACAAAAAAACUGAGGUGAAAGGAUCCAAUCUUAUGGGUUGGGGAAAACCUGGAUAAAUAUAUAUGCCUUCACAUGAUGUCUGAAAUAAAAUGUGGCAGAUCACGCAUGGCAGAGGGAAAGGCAGGGGCAAUGUGAAAAAAUGCCCAUUUUGGACUGACUGCCCUGUGCCUCCAAUAGAGUACAAAACCAAUGCAUAAGAAAUAACACAAGCAAUAAAAAUAUAAAUAUAAAUGAUACUUGUAGCACGGUACAUUACAGGAGCUGCAAGAGGCGGAAAAAUCAUUCAGUUGUUCACCCCUAGCAAUGUUCAGGUGGUCCAUGUGGGGGUGAAAAAGUUUGGGAACCACUAAUCUAUGCUAUCUUAGUUAUUCGGGUUACCUGAGUUUAUUUUCUAUCUAGUCUCUGAGCGCUUUGUUACAAGGCAAAAUUUUGAGCUUGUGUGUCACUGUGCAGACAAGCUAAAGCUGGUUCUUAGCAUUGUGCUUCUGACAUGAGUGCUCAGACAACCACUUUUGCUACGCCAGAAUCUGGGCCAGCUGGCCGGCCUGCUGCUGUUGAGUUCGCUUGUGACCAACGUGGCCCAUUUGAGUUUUUGCUUCCCUUUCAGUUUCCCUAGACUCGGAUGUCCCAGAGGCUCCCAAGCUGCCAACCGUGGAAAGCCUGUGCCAUUGCAGCACCUGCGGCCGAAGAAACGUUUCAGGGUCAGCCCAGGAAGGAAGAGGGUUUUGCAGUGAGAACUGCCACCGGCAAUUCAAAGAAAGGUAAAAAAAAAAAAAGGGGGGGGGGGAGAUGCUUGCAUGAUAGGCAGGAGGAAGGGAGGAAUUUUACAGCUCUGUAUAUUCCUAAUUCUUCUGAUUUGGAGAGAGAAGAAAUGGAGAGAAAGAAAUGCUGCUGUGUAUCUGCCAGGACUGGAAGCUCUCUUUCCUUUGGGUGGGUUAUAUUAAACCUGCUCCUGUGCUGAAAUGUGCCCCCCUGCCCCAGUUUCUGAAGAAGAAGAGACAUCCAUUUUUAUUGCCUCAGUCACAAGAAACUUUAGAAUUCAGGGGGAUUUUGAACUCACAAAUGGGCCAAGGGUAGUGUGCAUGUUUCUUCUUUCCAUUAAACAUUUCUCCAGCACUCUGCCACCUCCAUGACCGUCUGCACUUCCUCAUCGGAAAAAGGCCCCAUGGGACAAGUUACCUCAUGAUGUCUUCCCCUUGGCUUUUAGCUGAAGUGUCGGCAUUUGAGAAGGUGGGCAGAGCGCAGACUGCUGGCGACUUGAUUUGUAGGAUGAAAGAGAGGCCACACAUCUAGAAGGGUUUUAAGAGCGAUAUUUAUAGCAUUUGUGUCUCACCAUGCUUCCAGGGAGUCCAGAGUGACUUACGUGAGGGGUAAUAAUAAUAAUAAUAAUUUAUUAUUUAUACCCUGCCCAUCUGGCUGGGUUUCCUCAGCCACUCUGGGCAGCUUCCAACAGAACACUAAAAUACAAUAACCUAUUAAACAUUAAAAGCUUCCCUAAACAGGGCUGCCUGUUAGGGCCAGGGCUGGGGUAUCACAUUUUAUCCUUAAAAUAGGCCAGUGAGGUAGGCCAGCAUCAGCUGACAUACUAUGGGCUUCCCUGUCAGCUUCACAGCUGUGCAGGGACUUGAACCUCUUCUUAGCUCAACACAAUAUUAUCUGGUUGGUACAAAUAGGUCUUGCUUCCCUAAGAAGUCAGUCCCCUCCAAAGUGAGGCUUUGCCUCCUCCAUUCAGUUUCUACAGCGAUCACAAUAUUGUUGCAGGAGCCGAUUCUAGUGCUCAAGGCCAAGCGGUUCCCAUUGCUUGGAAAACAUGGUUGGCGGUAGAAGUCCUGAGUCUGCAAAGGUUUGCUUUGCUUUGUAGGUCUGUCAUCGUGGAGAAUUCUGCUGGCAGCACCAACUCCACUGAAAUCCUCAAGCCAGUGAAGAAGCGGAAGAGGAAAGAUUACCAAAGCCCCUCCGAGGAGGAAGAGGAAGAAUCAGAGCAAAUGGUACAGCUGGGGUGUUCUUCCAUAUAUGUGCAAGAGUCCCAAAGCUCUCUCCUGUCCUAGUGCAACAAAUCUACUCUUGACAAUAGCUGGGUUUUUUGCAGUUUGGAAAGUGAUGGGGAAACGCACUGAAAAGUGUGGGGAGAAUGAAUGCUGAAUAGAAGGCAUAUAAAUGCCCCACAAGCAAAUCAGGAGGAAUGCUCAAUAAAAACCAGACAUAGUCUAAGCUCUGCAUAAGCUCAGUGCAAACAAAUCAGGAUGAAUGGUCAAUAAACAAGGUGUCUAGAGAAGCCCACAGAUAGCAUAAAAACAAUGCAGAAUUUCGGUAUUGUUUCAUCAUGGGGAAACUGAUCUUACAGCAACUACCCUAGGACUUCCUUUCACGUGGAUAAAUAGGGGAGUCUGAAGUUAGCAGCAAAUUAAUUCAGAGUAGGAAGGUUUGAUUUUUGUUUGUGUGAUGUAGGAAGUGAAGCAAGAGGAGACCAAUGGCUCUGGAGGAGAACUUCCUGCUGGCAGCAUGGGGCAUGAAGAAUGGAACACAAGUCAGCCUGGUAAGCUCAUGGCAUAGAUCUCUUGCUCAAGCCAUUCAGAUUUUCUGUUUACUAAGAUGAUUCCUUGCCUAAAUAAAGUGUGGCACUCCUUAUUUACUCCUGUUCUCUGGAAGGUGGAGGCUAAACUGUAUUGGGAUGGAGUGGGUUUGGUUUAAAAGUUCCUGUUAGGCUAGUCAGUCAAGAGUUCUUCUAGAGUCUUAUGAUCCAGUGGUGCAUUUCAGAACGCUGCAGAGAUUACAAAACACAGAGAAACACCUGAAACCAUAAAAUAGAUAUUAUUAGAAGUAGUCAUUGUUCUUAUUUCCUACAUUUAUAUCUAGCAGUUAAACCAUUCAAGCAAGUGCAUGUAUCUGUCUACACAACUUGGAUUUUUUGCUUCAUAUAGUAUUUUUGUAUGGCAGUCCCUGCCAUUAGCUUACAACUGGAGGCGGGAGGCAUUUAGCUAGAAAGCAUUAGUAGUUUGGGUGCACAGGAGAGAUGGUGGUGAUGCUGUUGGAGGCUAUUGUAAGUCAAUGUAAAAGAGCAAAAAUGAAAUACUUAAGUCUAUUACAUUUAAAGUUAUUUAAUCGAUUGAAUCGUUUCAAUAAAGCAACAGUGUAAUGCAGUUACAUUGUUAGUGCUGAGUCUCCUAAGUCGUCCCUUUGCAUUGAUUGACCAGCACACUGGGAGGCAGGAAGAGGUUUACUUCAUACUGCGCAAGUGGGGAGAAUAAGGCCUGCUUGCUUUUGCUGAUGCUUCAGUAGAGAGAGGACCAAAGUCUUAAUUAACACAAUGAAAACUAAACGUUCUAGGAGGGGUCCACCCAUCUGCCCUCUGUCUGCCGCCUUGGGCAAAAGGGGAAGCUCAAUAUAGGAAGUGCUUUCCUUAUAUACUGCAUCAGAAAUGCAAUCCACUCAUGAUUAUAAAGGAUUGGCCAACAUCCCAUUAACUGAGUUGUCACAUGAUGGAGUAACAUUAUGCAUAAUGUGGAGGAAAAUUAGAUAGAAGUCUCCCUCCCCCCAAUCUCUCCUAAUGCUAGAAUCCUGGUGUCAUCCAGUGAAGAUAGAUGCUGGGAUAUUCAAGGCAGAGAAAAGGAAGGGGUUUUUAUUAUUAUUACACACAGUGCAUGGUUAAAUUAUGCACUGUUAAUGUUUGAUGUUUUAUUAUUUUUCUGUAUAUGCUGGAAGCUGCCCAGAGUGGUGUGGGCAGGUGGGGUACAAACAAUAAAAUUAUGAUUAUUAAUUAUGAAAUUUGCUACCACAAGAUGUUGUGAUAGUCACCAGGCUGGACAGCUUUAAAAGGGGACUAGACAAAUUCAUGAAGGUUAAGGCUAUCAAUGGCCACUUGUAUGCCUCUGAAUAACAGCUAUUGGUAAACAUGGGGGGGGGGGGGAGAACAUUACAGUUCACCUGCCCUGCUUGUGGGCUUCCUAUGGUAAGAACGACGCUGGACUAGAUGGGGCUUUGGUCUAAUCCAGAACGAAUUAAGUUCUUAACCCGAGGUACCACUGUAUGUGUGGCAGGAGGGCAGCACCAAGAGAGGACAGGACAGGGGAACUCAUUUUCCUGUUUUCUGAACCUUGCCCCCAAAAUGUCUAAAUGCCAAUGAAACUACUAUUGCUUUGACCAUUUAAAUUUGGUCUGAGUCUUGCUGUUCUCAGUUUCCAGCGAGGAGAAGACAGAAGGUUGGACCUGGGCAUCUUACCUUGAAGAACAGAAAGCCAUUGCUGCCCCUCUAAAUCUGUUCCAGGAAGUGAGUUAACAGUGUCCCUGUUUCUGUCAUCUGUGGGUGUACCUAAUCCCAGCAAAUUCUAGGAACUGUAGUUCCAUGAGAGGGAUUUCUGUCAAAGAAUUCUUAGCACCAUCUACUGACCACAGUUUGCAGGACCCUUUGUGAGAGACUGAAAUAAAAAUUGGGUAAAUUAGGAAUGUAAAUAUGGCCAAGUGUGAGGAAACCUCUUAUUCCGUUAGGAGUCAGUCUCUAUCUUCUGCAGCCUUCCACCUGUGUGUCCUUGUUUCCAACUCAACAAUUUCAUCAUGGAUUCUGCUUUAUUUUCCUUAAAAGUCUAAUCAUGCUUUUAUGUGAUUCUUCUCACUUCCAUUUAUUUUCAGUUGUUGUUUUUUUGCUUUUCUGUCAGUGGAAAAUCACAUGGGAGAGUAAUUCUAAAAAGUUGUUGAGGGAAUAAAAUGAAUCUACAGUGUAUUCUUUUGAAAGUAUUACAUUUUUUAAGUGAUCCAUAGUAGUUUAACAUAUCCAUUGGAAGCACUCUGUUUGAGAUUAACUUGAUUUGACCAUGUAGGCAGUAUUUUUGGAUUAGUGAGGAGGCUGCAUCACUUACCCCCCAUUUUCAUACACGUUUUCCCCAUCCUGCUGGGUGUUCUAGAUAAACCAGUUUUCCACAUUUUCAGCACACUUCAUGCUAAGCCUGAGAGAAUCUGAUUCCUCUUCCCAGAUGGAGAACAAAAGCUGUGUGUAUGGCUGCUGCAGGGGUCUAUUGACUAGUACCUGUGACAUCACUCAAGGCAUACACCUCUCUGGAGCUGCUUUGCACAUGUUUUAAUAAAGGCUGUGUUCAUACGUAAAGCAUGGAGCAUUAGGCAAAUAGUGUGUGCUUGGUUUGGGCCUUCUUAUUCCUGCAGGGGGAAAACUAACUAUGAUCCUUGACUUAGUGCUGUGUCCAAACCCAGGGUUCAUGCUUUGUUUCACUCCAACAAACCAUGAUUGGCAAGCCAAUUCUUUAUUAUGCAUAUGCCAGUUUUGGUUUCUCUCGGUUCCUCAUUUUUUUUUCCAAUCUUAAGUUCAGUUCUCCACAUGUCCUCAUCAGUUUGUUGUUUUUAAGUUCUCAUGAAAACCAACAGCAUUUUAAUGAUAAGUUCUCCUAAUAUACACAUUUUUGUAUGCCAUUUCCCCCAGUACACACAUUUUUUUGCAAACCAUUCCCCCCCUAAUAUAAUGCAGAAUUCCAUUGGGUGAGCGGUGUAAAAGACAAGCAGCCCAGCAAUAGCAAUAAUUUUUUUUUCACCUUUUCCUGUGGUUCGUUCCUUUUAGCACCAGUCGACCCCCCAGCACAAGAAUGGUUUCAAGGUGGGGAUGAAACUGGAGGGGAUCGAUCCUCAGCACCCUUCUAUGUACUUCAUUCUGACGGUGGCCGAGGUGAGAUGGGCCUGUCCAUUUGCGUUCUCUUGCAUCUGAACUGCUGAAGGCCAUGCACUGAGUAAUGCGUCCCACCGGCACAUGGAUUUCCACUUGUGUAAUGGGACUUCCCUCCCAUCUCCUUCCCCUGCAUAUGCCCUAAAUUUCUUCUAGGAGGACCUGCAUAUUUGGGGGGGGGCAGGGGCCAGGGGGCAUGCUGAAAUCCUUGUGCUGACAGGACAUGUUAGUAGGACACCACACAUUGCCUCCCUCUGGGUUUCUGGCUAUUCUGGCUAUUCUAAAUACAGCUAGAGCACAGCACCAUCAGAUCUGUUUUAUGAGUGUUUCCUGAAGUACAAGGCUUAAAUAAGUCACAGAUCUCCCUGAAAUGGAGUUAUCAGAUCCUUGCAAAGGGUCUUGUAGAAUCUCACUUCAUGGAGCACUCCAAGGCUCUGGGUUCAAGCCAAACUUGCAGAGCAAUCCAGAACCCCACACUGCUGUACUGUAAGGGGUUAGGAUGAGGCAGAGGUGCCCUGUGUCAAACUCUGCUGGGCUGGGAUCUGCUGGUUGGGGCUUUGGCCACUGUGGAUCUCCCAAGAGCACCUACCACAGGUAGGCAGAAGCUACUGCCAGUGGUAUUCUGGCUGCUGGCGUUUGGAAUAUAUCCUUGAAACAGGCUCAAGCUGGGCUAGCCAAGGAUCCACUGUAUUCUGAGCUGGGCCAGCUACCAGAAGGUUGAUACAACAGGUCUGAUCCUGACCUCUGCUGCACCUGCCUGGAGCUGGCAUAGCAAAAAAUACUGGAGUUUAAUUCCCACCUGCCAACUGUAGCUGGCAGGGCUCUGAAUGUGACAAUAGCUCUUCUGCUCUGUUUUUUUUAUUUUGACAUAUCUAUUUUUAUUGAUGCUUAUACAAAAGUUCAUGCCCAAUACAAAGUAUCUUUGUAUAAUACACCAAAAUAAAAAACCACGUUUAAAAUCAAAUCUAAAAAGAAGAAGAAGAAGAAAGCAGGAGCAAAAAGAAGGAAAAAGGAAAAAGAAAAGAAAAAAGAGAGAGAAAAUAAAAUGGAAAAUAAAAUAUUUUUUCAAUCUGCAAAUUCAGAUAUUACAAGUUCAUUUUCUCUUUUCCUCAAAAAGUCCAUGAAAAGUUUCCAGGCUUUAAUAAAUGUUAGUAAUGAUUUGUCUCUAAACACGUUAACUUUGCCAUCUUGGCUAAGUCCAAUAAUGCUAUCAACCAUUCCACCGUAGUAGGUAAGGCUGUAUCUUUCCAUCUUUGUGCAUAUAGCAGUCUUGCUGCUGUAAUCAUAUAUUGGAAUGCUUUUCUCUGUUAAGCCCCAUUGCUGCCUGCCAGGGGUUAGACUAGACCCACUGAACUUCGGAUCCAUCCCUGUGUUUGCAGAACCCAUUUCAUUAGACAUUGUUAUUUUGAGAUAGAAAGCAGAUAUGAACCAGUUAGAAAUCAAAUGUAAAUGCUCACACUAUUGUAGAUUUUACGCGCAGACUGGGAAAUGUAUGAACUAUGAUGUAAGCAUCAUUUACAUGUGCCAGAUUCCUACCUCUCCGGAGGUAGAAAAAUAACUGGUUGCUGGACCCAGCAUGUCAGAAUUUUGAUGCACCAGCCCAGUAAGAGAUGGGAACAUCCAGUAAGUUUGGCUUAUCCUAUCCAGAAAGAGUUGCAGAAUUAAAACCCAUUCAUUGAGAUGGCAUGUCCCUUUCUGUUGCUUUUCCUGCAUACAGGUAUGUGGAUAUAGGAUGCGCCUUCAUUUUGAUGGCUACUCUGAAUGCCAUGAUUUCUGGCUGAACGCUGACUCCCCCAACAUUCAUCCUCCUGGCUGGUUUGAAAAAACAGGACACAAACUCCAGCCCCCAAAAGGUGAGUGAAUUAGGGUGGUGCAUCUGCAGGCACAGCUUCCAUCCUUGCUGCAGGAGAAAUCUUAGCAUUUCCCCAAGUGUGGAGAUAGCCAAGCAAGAGUGGCUGCCGGCAUGUGGGAACCUGAAUCACAGCCCUAUUUGCAUAACUGAGUUGUGUAAAUUGCACCAUAGGUAAAUUGGUUUGAGAGAGGGGCCUCAGUAGCUUUCAAGGUGUGGGUGGGGAAAACGUGGCUUUCCAAAUGCUUUGGUGGUUGCUCUUUCUAUCCAGUCUUUUUCCCUGAUAGGGAUUCAAGGUGGCUUAAAGCUAAAAUAGGAACAGCUGGAAACAUAGAGGGAAAAAACCCAGUUAAACAUUAAUUGUGCUGGCUGGGCCUGAUGUGGAUUAGAGUCCAUUAAUGUGUGUGGGGCACAGGUUCCCCAUCUAAAGCACCAUGGUAGCAGUUUAAACAGGCAUGGCUCCCCCUAAAAAAUCCUGGGAACUAUAGUUUGUUAAGGGUGCUGUUUCCCUUACAGAGCUACAAUUCGCAGAAUGAAAAGGGAUUGAUUGUUAAACUGCUCUGGGAAUUGUAGCUCUGGGAGGUGACGUGGAGUCUCCCAACAACCCUUGGCACCCUCAAUAAACUACAGCUCACAUAAUUUUUAGGGGUGGGGGGUGGGAAUCAUGACUGCUUAAAGUGGUACCACAGCGCUUUAAAUGUAUGGUGUGAAUGUGGCCUUAAAGUAUCUCAGUACCAUCCCAAAAGAAGCUGACAUUUGAGGAAGCUGAGAAGCACCACCUCUGUUCACUAGUUUCCGCAGGUCAAAGAGGGAGGUGUGGCUGCCCACUGAAAUGCUUCCUUUCCCCUCUUUUUUAUUUUAGGGUGUCUAGGUUACAAGGAAGAAGAUUUCAACUGGGCCAACUAUCUGAGGAUAACCAAAGCUCAGGCUGCUCCAAAGCACCUCUUUUUCACUCCAGACAGUGUGAGUAGCUGUGAUGGCUUGUGAAUGCUCUUCACAUUCGUACCUCUGCUCACUCAGAGAGAUAUAUAUGUUGUUGUUUAGUCGUUUAGUCGCGUCCGACUCUUCGUGACUCCAUGGACCAGAGCACGCCAGGCACUCCUGUCUUCCACUGCCUCCCGCAGUUUGGUCAAACUCAUGCUGGUAGCUUCGAGAACACUGUCCAACCAUCUCGUCCUCUGUCAUCCCCUUCUCCUUGUGCCCUCAAUCUUUCCCAACAUCAGGGUUUUUUCCAGGGGAGAUACAUAUAUACAGUCUUUAUUUUACAUAUGUACAAGCAGCGCAUUACAAUAAUGUAUCUGAAUCCUCCAGCUCAGAUUCUGGGAGUGGCUUACACCGGCUUCUUCUCCAACAGAAAAAGCAGGGAAGUUUCACGUGAUGCCUCUCCCCCCUCCUCUUUAACUGUCUCCUUUCCCUGGCAGGCGGAAUAGGCAUUGUCUCACUGUCUGUGCCAGAACUUCCUGUGCGGUGCUGAGGCUCUGUUCAACAUCUGAGAGCCGUCUCGCCUCCUGGCUCUCCCCUCCUUCCUCAAUCGCCACUUCCUGCCCACCUCCCUCUGCCUGUUCCUGCUCCUCCCUUGCAUUCUCUGGCAAUACCAUGACAGUAGCAGACCCGUUUGCCUACAAACUAGCCCCAUUCUCUGUGCUCUGGAAAUUAUGGCAAGAGAAAUAUUUCUGCAUACAACGACACACAAAAGAACCUAGCCUGCACCAUUAGUGUGGCCCCAGGAUUAGAAAGGUUCAGAGGAGUAAGUAUAGUAUUGAUGCACAUGCAGGAUCCUGUCAGUAUUUCCGGCAUACUGGAAAUUAAGGUUUCUGCAGUUGAAGUGGAUUAAGGUCCUAUUGCAGCAAGUCUCUCCCUCCUUUUAAAACAACAACACUUGGAAAGUGACUGGGAUAUGCCUUGAACAGUAUGGAAUGCAGGAAUGAGUAACAGGAAGACGUGUCAACACUCCUCAAGCAGAUCAGGAUGAAUGGAGGACAAAUGCUCACCAUCAUUAUAAGCAUCCCACAAACAAAUCAGAGCAAAUGCUCAAUAAACACUAGAUAUCAUCUGAUCUCCACAAAAGUUUUGUGUAAGGAAACCAGAAGAACUGCUCAGUAAACAGGUUGUCUGGAGGAGCCCAUAGUAAAAAUAAGGCUGUCAACGGAAUAAAGAAUUGAAUUGGAUUAAUACUGUGGCCUUCCACAGAUUGAUUACUUGAUGGAAUUUAAAUUACUAAUACUGCAUUAUAGCUGUUUGUUGUUUUUGUAGUUGAUGCCCCGAAGGAAGUGCAAGAUAGGUGCACCAUCAGCUCCACCUACAUGUUCGUGCGAUUCACACAUCACUGCUACACCUCAGGAUUGCAGCACAUGGGUGCAUGUAUGAAAAGGGCCCGUUUUUUUCUUUCUUCUGUUUCCUCAGAAUGCUGCUCCUACAGGGUUCGAAGUGGGUAUGAAGCUUGAAGCAGUGGACCGCAUGAAUCCUUCUUUGAUAUGCGUUGCCACAGUGACGGAUGUGGUGGACAAUCGCUUUUUGGUGCACUUUGACAACUGGGAUGACACAUAUGACUACUGGUAGGUGAGAGAGGAGUAGAAAGAUUGCACAGAAAGAGCAGUCUUAGACUGAGCUGUAGGUGUAUCUUGCUUGAGAAAAGCCUUUCGAAAUUCAAAGAACGUUAACAUGAAAUUGUCAUGAGAGUUACAAUUACACACCUCUCAUUGAGCCACUCUCUCUGUUCCAUCAAGUCUACUGUCUUGGAGCAUCAUUUUGUAUUUUGCUGGAAUCUUGGUUGUAACAGUUCAGAAAUGGAACCAAGUUUAUUAGUAUUAUUAUUUACAAAGAUUAGUCACAUUUUUCCUCACUCAACUGUUACAUGGUAACUUGUACAAAGUUACUGUUUGCAGGCCUUUUUGUACUUACUCAAUUUCUGUGCAACUUCCCUGUCCCAAACAUUGAUCCUGUGUUAGGGUAUUUGGGCAUUAGUUAGUUGAUUAAGGAGAGGGGGAGCCAUUAAAUAUGAUUUGGAAGCAUCUGAUGAACUCUUUUAAAAGAGGUGGUCUGUUGUUGUUUAAUCGUUCAGUCGUGUCCGACUCUUCGUGACCCCAUGGACCAGAGCACGCCAGGCACUCCUAUCUUCCACUGCCUCCUGCAGUUUGGUCAAAUUCAUGCGACCUGGGUUGUGGGGCAGAGACAUGGAGCUACCCCUCUGCCCCCAGCUUUCCUGUAGAUUUGGUGGAUAGAGGUGAGGUCAGGGUGGCAUGGAUGCACCUGCAUAGCCCAAAUCUCACUGCCACCCUGCCUAAGCCCAAUCCAGGUAAGUGUAGUAACACCAGUAGGGAGCGAGUGGCGCUGUGGUCUAAACCACUGAACCUCUUGGGUUUGCCAAUUUGAAGGUCGGCGGUUUGAAUCUGCCCAGCAGGAUGAGCUCCCUUUGCUCUGUCCCAGCUUCUGCCAACCUAGCAGUUCAAAAGCAUAUCAGUGCAAGUAGAUAAAUAGGUACUGCUGUGACGGGAAGGUAAACGGUGUUUCUGUGUACUCUGGCGCUCGUCACGGUGUCCCAUUGCACCAGAAGCAGUUUAGUCAUGCUGGCCACAUGACCUGGAAAGCUGUCUGCAGACAAACACCGGCUCCUUUGGUCUGAAGUGAAAUGAGCGCUGUACCAGUGUUGGUAGGGCAGAUCUGUGAUUCCACCCCGCCACAUAGCCAAUGACUAGAAAGUAUAAUAAAAUAUAUAUUAAAGGUUAUAAAGAGUGAAAGUUAAAUCAACAUCAGCAAAUAAACCUCCUUUAACAUAUACCCUUUUUACUUGCUUUGUUCCAGGUGGUGAGGGAGUGGGCUUUUAAAACGUUCCACUUUUGGGUCAACAUUUUGGGCCUCUUUUUUAACAGCUGCCAUCUUUCCAAAUAUAUUGCCAUGCUAGCAAGUGCGUGUUGUGCUCAUGCUACAUAACUAAUCUUAUUUGCAUUUUUGGAUGGAUGGAUAUGUCAUUCUCAGCUUUCUCGUUUUCUCCUUUUUCCCACCAUUUCUCCGUAUUUCUGUAUCAAUUUGCAAUUUUUUAAAAAAGACAAUGAAAAUUCCCUGCCAUUUCAGUGAGAUUUCUCUGAAUCGACUCUUUUCUGUAUUUUGCCUAACAUGUGUAAUUUUGCAAAGCAAUUUCCCCAGUAUAAUGUGUUUUUGUAUCUUAUUGUCACCAAUAUAGGCAUUUAUAUGCACGCUUUACCCUUAGUAGAUGUAUUUUUGUACACACUACUUGGCUUGAGAGCUGCAUAUCAAAAUUUGGAAGAGUGUGCAUUUUGAAGGAUGACUGUGUUUCAGUUUGCAUAUACUUUUGGAAAGUGUACAUUUGGUAGCUUUGCCUUUAAAUGCAGAUUUAAUCAAAUUUCUCCCCUGCCACUAUUUGUAUUGCAGGUGUGACCCCAGCAGUCCCUACAUCCACCCGGUUGGUUGGUGUCAGGAACAUGGGAAGCCCCUCACUCCUCCACAAGGUGAAUACACAAUUGUUGUCUGUUCUGCUUCUUACUGCAGCUGCUUCCACACCACACAAGACAGGCCCAUUGGGCCAUAUUGCUUGGUACUGUUAUCAAUUGCAAGUUUUUAGUUUUUUUACCACCUAGAAACUCACAGUAGCAUUCACACAAACUACACAUCCAUGUGGACAUGAUCUCCACAUCAGAAAAAGUGAAGCAGCUGAAAGUCUUUGUUGAAAUGGAUGUCAGUGCAGGAUUUGCUGGAGCAGAGUCAGAAUAAUAUCUCAAAAAUCCUAUGAUUAUUCAGUUCAUGGCAGAUUUUGAAGCAGGUGCCUUUGGGCUGGUGCCUGCAUUCCCAUCAGUGUAUUGCUUAUUUCUUAAAUUUCAUUUAGAAAUAGAGCAGAACAUCCGUAAAUCAGUUGUAAAGCCUACCUUCGUAUAGCAUGGGUUGAAGGUCACAGGGUGACAAACAUUGCAGGGGAAUCCACUAUAUAGGCCAGUGAUUUGCACAUAGCUGAUACUGACCAUCUUGAGUUCCUGAGAGCUUAUUGCAACUAGUGAAGGAUUCUCUCUAGCAAAAGCCUGUCAUCUGGCAGACCCUUUCAUUUCCAGACUACCCUGAUCCUGAGAACUUCAGCUGGGAAAAAUACUUGGCGGAAACAGGUGCUUCUGCGGUGCCAACUUGGGCCUUUAAGGUGGUGAGUAGUCUCUACCAUAUAUAAGCAAACAUUUCUAGGAAGGGUUGUUGCAAUGGCGGUGAAAUGGGUACAGGCGAGGAAUCUGACCUUGAUGCAUGUCCCGUGCAAAUGCUCACAAUGCAACUUUACAUGAAGGAUAGGUUAUCAGUGGCUAUGACUCAUGAUGGGUCUGUUACCUCCAGUAUUGGAAGCAGUAUGCCUCUCAAUAUCAGUUGCUAAGGAUCCCAAGCAGGAGAGUGCUAUUGGGCUCAUGUCUUGCCUAUGAGUUUCCAAUAAGCAUUUGAUUGGCUAGUGUGGGAGUCUAAUCCAGCUAGGUUGAAUUCAGGUUGAAUUUUAGCAAUCUGCAAGGCUUCACACUCUUGCCAAACUAGUAAACUCUCCAAGUCCAUCACUCUUCAGAUAUGGAUGGAUAGAUAACUGUUCCAACCACUCCAUUCUCUCCCCACUCCAGAGGCAGCCCCACGGCUUCCUGAUCAACAUGAGGUUGGAGGCAGUGGACCGAAGAACUCCCUCCCUGAUCCGAGCAGCCUGUGUGGAGGAUGUAGAAGACUACAGGGUAAAGGUGGGUUUCUUCCUUGCUCAGUACUUAUACCUUAUUGGUGAAUCACUGAAAUAUAGGCCAGUUGUUAAUAGGGGUGGUUGGACUACAUUGGAAGCAAGAGCAAAUCUUCUGAUAUAACAUUGAAGAAGCAGCCCUGGAUACAUGCGUGUCUCAGAACAUGCUUGUUGCUUUCCUCCAUGCUGGUUUAAUGUUCAGGAGAUGGAUUUCUAAGUCUAAUGGCAACCUGUUGAUUUGUGCCCUACAGAUCCAUUUUGAUGGCUGGAGCCAUAUCUACGAUUUCUGGAUAGACUCGGACCACCCAGACAUUCACCCAGUGGGGUGGUGCUCAAAAACAGGGCAUCCACUGCAGCCUCCUCUGAGUAAGGACAAAUAUUGUGCAUGGUGCAAGUGUUCGCUGCAGCUCUGUUUAGCAUAUAGCAGCAGUAGCAAACUCAGGUCCCCAAGGCCUGGUUCACACAUCAAUUUUAAACCACAGUUUAAAGUGUGUUGGUCACACUGUUAAAAACAGUGGGCACUUCUCCUCUGGUCUCACUGCUGCCACAACACUGGGAGUUAAGCCAUGGUUUGGCUUAGUGUUACAUCCAAAGGCAGACUUUUGGUUUGUUUCUCCCCAAAAAGUUAUGAGUGGUAAGCCGAUAACAAACCAUGGUUAUAACUCUUGGUUUGGAGAGAAGCAAAACAUGCACCCAAUUUUGAACAUACAGUGGUACCUCUAGAUACGAACGGGAUCUGUUCUGGAGCCCCGUUCGCAUCUAGAGGUAAACGUAACUAGCAAUGGCACGUCUGCGCAUGCGUGCGCCGCUUUGCGCCGCUUCUGCGCAUGCGCAAGUGGUGAAACCCGGAAGUAACACACUCUGCUACUUCCGGGUUGCCACGGAGCGCAACUCGAACACGCUCAACUUGAAGCAUAUUUAACCCGAGGUAUGACUGUAAUGCUAAACCAAUGGCUUAGCUCUAGCAGUGGGUCAGGAGCAGGUAAAGUGGGAGGUAAUUUUCGAACUGCACAUUUCCUCUUUCAUGCAAUCCAUAGCAUGCAUUCACCUUUAAGCCACAGUUGAGCUAUGGUUUAAAGUGGUGUUUGAAGGAUGCCUAUGACCGUCUUGGUGGUUGUCCAGGGUUUCAGACAGGGGGCAUUCCUAAUCCUAUGUGGAGAUGUUGUGGAUUGAACCAGUGACCUUUCUGAAUGCAAAGCACAUGUCCUUCCCCUAGAAAUCUUAAUCUGGAUCAUUUUCCUCCCUUUCUUGUGCAGGGCCAAAGGAACCUGUCUCUUCUGCCAAUGGGAGCUGCCCAACUUUGGCCUGUAAGACCCUGCCCACCACCAAGAGUUCCAAAUACAGCUUUCACAGGUGAGCUGUUGCUAUAAGGUACAGAGGGAACUCGCUGCUGUAGGCUGCAUUCCCCCAGGUUCCCACUACCCAUAGCCAAGGAAGCAAGUACUGUGGUGGCCCAUGCAGCUUACCUGGAGUAUGGGUUGUCAAUGUAAGUUAAUUGUGCUGUACCUGCACAACUUGUGGCUCACCAAGACUGUAUCCACCAGCCAUGUGUGGAUCAACAAACUUCUGUCGUUGCUGGGCUGUCACAGAUUGGAAAAGCAUGUGGGGCUAUCAAGCCCUGGCAAGAUACAGUACAUGGUUGUUGGGUUGCAUUUGGCUUGAUAGAUCAGAGGUUGGACGCCUUAUGUGGCAUCUGCCCCUAUAUGUGACAGGUGUCAGUCAUAAUCAGAACUAAGCACUCCUUUCUGCUUCUCCUGUUCUCCAGGAAGUGUCCAACCCCCGGUUGCGAUGGCUCAGGUCAUGUGACCGGGAGAUUUACAGCACAUUACUGCAUCUCAGGGUGCCCCCUGGCAGAGAAGAACCAGGGAAGAAUGAAGGCAGAUCUCUCAGACACAGAAAACUCCGUCCGAAAGAGGAAUUUGAUUGGCUUCUCUCAGCGGAAGAAAUCACGGCACCAUGGAAGGUAAGAAGGCAGCUGGCCCUGGUGAUACACUUGGACUUCCACACUGAGAUUAGUAUAUUAUCACACCCAAGUGAAACGUUUUUUGAAGUGAAGGACAUGAGGCAGGAGUUGAUAAUGCAGGUGAGCUGCGCACAGGUGAGCUUCAAGCAAGCUGCCGGCCAGCUCUGUGGAGCCUCCUUUUAUUGACACAAAUAUGCAAACCCAGGCAGAUACAUUUUGGGCUGUGACCUUUACACAUCUUCCAGUCCCGAGAUCGUGGGGUGGUACAAAGUUAUUUUGGCACCUGUUUCCACCGCGUCAUUUUCCCCUUGCACAGUGUAUGACGAAGGAGACAAAAGGUCUCGAGAGACAAAGGUUACAGACAGGGCACCGCAGACUACUUAGACCGCAAAAGGGUAGACAGAGGGCACGAUGUUCAGACAGCUGUGGCUUUGUCUGUGAGGGGGAGUGUGCCCCGCACCCCAAGGUCACGCAGGCAGGCAGGCUGAGGCUGCCUGCGGGUGGGGAGUGUGCUCCGGACCCAGCAAUCAUUCCUACAGUUUUUCUCUUCUUUGCUCUGUGGAUGCUCCAUAGAGCUUAGACAUUUUAUAUUACCCCUCCAUAUCUAUAGCAAGUUUGGGGAACCUCUGGUGCACCAACCGAAGGCAAGCCCCCACUCCAUACUUCUCUGUCUGGACCAUGUUGUUCCCCAGGCCAUGCCCCCUACUAGCCCUGUUUUACACCCUCCUUGUCAUCCCCACCCCCCACCCCAGGUAGGAUAUGUCCUUGAACUCUUAUAACGCCUCUUGCUUGCUUGCUGAGAGGCUAGAGAUGGGUGUGCAUUUGUGUGUAGAAACUAACCUACUGCCCUGCUUCAGGGUGGAACUCAACAUAGUGCUAAAAGGCUUGUUCCCAUCAGCACAAGAUUUCUGCCCACCCCCAUGCUGUUCUGCGGGUUCUUUCAAUCCUUCAGAGUGGAUUUGGGGGAGGUGUUGGGGAGGAAAGAUUGGGAGGAGCCCCACUGCACUAGCUUCUGCUAAUGGAACUGAAUCCAGCCCUAUUUCUGCAGCAAGACGCACUGUCCUUGCAUGUUGAAGGAGCAAGUUUGCCCCCAUUCCCCUCCAUUACCGUGGUAAUCCUCAAUGUGAACCAGAUGCGUUACGGAAAUGCCUGGACCAGGCUUAGGCAAACUCGGCCCUCCAGAUGUUUUGGGACUACAGUUCCCAUAAUCUCUGCUCACUGUCCCUGUUAGCUAGGGAACAUGGGAGUUGUAGUCCCAAAACAUCUGGAGGGCCGAGUUUGCCUAUGCCUGGCCUGGACAUACGGAGACCUGGUUCAGACAAUUCUCCCCUGACCUUAAAAAGAUGUGUGAACCAGGCUUCAGUAAAUGGGAUUUACCAUAAUUUGCCAUCUUUCAAUCCAUGCACUGUGGAAUUUGAAGAUGAAGCUUGUUUUAUUUCUCUAGGGGACGACCUCCGAAAUACCGGAAAAUCCAGCAGGAAGACUUCCAAAGUAAGGGCUUAUUAUCUCUGACUGUGUUUCUCUAGCAAGCAAAGAAAGACUCCUAUAAGUGUGUGUUAAAAGGUGGACAGACAAUACAACAGGGGCUCUUUUUAUAUCCUUAACAAAUGGACAAAGCACACUUUUUAGUAAAAAAUAUAUAAAAAUUGCAGUUUAAAUUAGAAACAACACACUUAAGACAUACAUUUUAAAUAUGAUUUUUAUUUUAUAUUUUGAGCAGUAUCUUUGCUAAGAUAUGGACUGAUGCUUCCUGCAUAAAUGCAUGUUUAUGCUGUUUAGAUUACCGUGCGUAUCACCAGUGACUAAAAUCUUCCUAAAAUGGAAUGUGAGAAGGGUUAAGAUGCUAUUGAGAUGCUUCUUGGACUUCUGUAAGCCAGAAGCUUGCACCCACAUGUCUGCAAGCCACCUCUCCCUGAGCUCUUUGCACAGCAUCCUUUUCAGCGCUAAAAGCUGUGAGUCUGGGCAGUUUCCAGGAAAGCUUCUCCCAACAGCCAGCUGGUGAUUCCUGAUAGGUUCAUUAAGUCCUACGAUUGUCUAUGCCGGGGUUGGGGAACUUGUGGCCCUCCAGAUGAUGGCGGAUGACUUCCCUCAUCCUUGCCCAUUAGCUGAGCUGGCUGGGGAUUAUGGGAGCAAAAGUUAAACCAUUUCUAGCCAGCCACAUGCACAUUUAGGUUGCAGUUUAAAUAAGUGCCUAUGCACAUCCCUAACGGCUUGCAAAUCGGCAGAACCAGGAGGAGGAGGAGAAGAAAAAGCCCAGCUGGGGUGCAGUGAUUCUGUGACACAGAGCACAGGCACUGGAAGGAUUUAGCUUCACUCAUGUACCGCUUCCAUGGAUUUAUUUUGCAGCAAGCCUAGCUUUUAACACAUGGGUUUGCUGCAGUGCUGUUAGGUUCUGCUUGGCCCUGAAUCUAUUCCAGGCUUCACAAAUCAUUCAUACGUUAUUACCAUAAGCUCUAGGAGGAGAAGAAAAGGGGCCUCUUUCUUUGCACGUUAGCCUGACUUGAUGCUUUGAAUGUCAUUGCCAGCUAUUUCUUCAGACAAUAUGCACCAGUCUCUCUUUAUGUCAGCCUUGUCAGCGCACCCAGACCGUUCCCUCUCCCUCUGCUGGGAACAGCACUGUAAGCUCCUGCCUGGAGUGGCUGGGAUCACAGCAUCUACUGUAGCCAAGUGGACCAUUGAUGAGGUGAGCCAUUCCUCUUGUCUUUAUCAUUACUGUUGAUUGAUUUGAACCCUGCUUUGUAAACAAAACAUACACAAGAUGCCUUAGUUCACAUCAGUAUAUAGUACAAAGCAAAGUGAAAAAUGCAGGUGCACCCCCCAAAAAAAAGACAAAACGGAACAGGAAUUUUAAGCAGCACCAGAACACACAAUAACAUGAAUUUUAUACAAAGGCCAGAUUAAAUAAAACGAUCUGGAAUAUUGGGGAGUUUGGGUUUGCUGUUGGUUAGGUUGUUUUGGAUUGCCCUGGGCAAAGAACAGUGACUAAAAAAUUCAAUAAAUGGUAAUAAUAAUACAUAGGUUUUCUCUGAAAGGCAGUGGGGGCAGAGAGAUGGAGAAAUGGAAGUGCUUGUUUCCAUUCCCUCAGUUAUUUCCUGUUGUGUCUUUUCUGCAAAGGUCUUCAGCUUCGUACAGACACUGACAGGUUGUGAGGACCAAGCAAAACUCUUCAAGGACGAGGUAAAUUCCAUUGGUAUUUGGAGAACGAUGCAGUAGUAGAACCAUCAAUUGCAGGCUGGUCCUAGAAGCCCAUCUUGGCAAUACCGCAUCCUGUUUGGUAUAUAGUUUCCCCUCUGUUCUAUUUCUUCAGAGACAAAACCAAAAGAGAUGGGAUUGAUUCAGUGUGGCUAACAUUUUAAAUAUCUGAUGUCUGUGAAGUGAAUUCCAUAUUUUCAUGUGCAAACAUAUAUAAUAGCACCAUGAAGAUCACACUCGGGAGUUGUACAAACAGGCAAAACCACCAGGAGCCUUUUUCUGUUGGUCUGGCUGAGAGUUACAUGGCAACCACCUUCCUGGAGACAAGGCCGCUCUCCUACCUUUUGUAUCAAACAUGAUUUAGUUUUGGCCCACAGCAAGCAGGAGAGGAGAGCUGGUCCAGAGAGAGGAUAGCAGGAGGCCCAGUGGCUCCUUCCACUAUACAGUAAUACCUCCGCGAACAUCCGCCUUGUCUAGUGUCCAUUCCGGUGAACGUCCGCGGCAAACCCGGAAGUACCAGAAUGGGUUACUUCCAGGUUUGCAAACCGCUACAUGCGUGCACAGACGCGGCGUUUUGCCCUGCGUCCUUUUCGGCUAGUGAUUGGGGCUCCGGAAUGUAUCCUAGUCGCAAAACAAGGUACAACUGUAUAGCUACAAAGCAAUGAGUUUUAUGAAUUUAAUUCUUAUUGAUCUUACUGAUCUUCAUAAAUUUACAACAAACUAAACAGAAAUGACUGCAGUAUCCUUGGCCUUUUAGAACUAGAGAGCAAAAGAUGCUGCAUGCAAGAAAAUGUGGCCAAGUGAUCGCCUCAUUUCUGACUGCAAGGGGUUAACUUAUUUAUAAAAGUAUUUUUACAUGAUCCAGAGUACAGUGGUACCUCGGGUUACAGAUGCUUCAGGUUAUGCGUUUUCAGGUUGCGUACCGCGGGAAACCCGGAAGUACCAGAAAGGGUUACUUCCGGGUUUCACUACUUGCGCAUGCGCAGAAGUGCCAAAUUGUGUCAUGCGCGUGCGCAGACGUGUGCUGCAGGUUACGAAUGCUGCGGGUUGCGGACAUGCCUUCAUCACGGAUUAUGUCCGCAACCCGAGAUUCCACUGUAUCAUUAUACAUUGUACAACUAGCUGAGUGGGAAAAAGAGGUUGAAUGGCAAUGGAAUUGGGGCUCAGCUUUCAAAAAGAGUGGUACCAUCAUUGGCUUGACACCUGGCAAAAACCCAGCAAGAGGGGCUCAUUAUUGGGGAUCAGCAGUUGCUUAGCCACAUUAUGCAUAGGUCUGCAAAGUCACGUUUUCAAAUGCUGAAAGGCCAUCAAUAGGGAUGGGUGAAUUUGUCAGCUUCAUUUUCUCAUUUUUUCUAAUCUUUCAUUACACAUUCCCACAUCAGUUCACAAUAUUUUUCUUUUAAAAAAGGCAGCUUCAUGAAAAUCCACUGUCCGCAGUUCCAGUCUCAUGUACAAAUUUUUGCAAAGCACUUUCCCUGAAUAUCAUGCAUUUUUAUGUUAUUUUCACGAACAUACGCAUUUUUGUGCACACUCUACCCUAGUAUAUGUGUUUCUGUUCAUGUUACGUGGCUGGAGAACUACAUUGCAAAAUUUGGAGAGGUGCAGAUUUUGAAGGGCAUCUGCGUUUCAGUUUGUGUAUUGUAUUGGCAAGCGCAGAUUAGGUGGAUCUGCCUUAAAUGUGAGCUGGAAAAAAUUAUUCCCCAUUCCAGGUCAUUGACAAUAUUUUCAAAUGUACCCAUUGAAUUUAGCUCAGUGUUGGUGCUUCAAAAGUAUUCACUGACUCCUGGGGCACAUCUGCUCUUUUUUUGGGAACUCCAGCAUGCAAACAUAGACUGGCCAGUUCUUGGAAAAGCAGAUAAUACUUUGCCCACAAUAUUCCCUUCUCAAGUUUUGGAAGCCAGCCAUAACUAUCACACAGCUGAGGCAUGUCCUUGGAGUCAUUAGCUGUAUCCAUGGCCUGGUGGAUCAGAUUGGGAUGAAGCUUCCUGGCGCUGGUCAGAUGCUGGGAUGUGAUGCGCUGUUACGAAAACUGCAUUUUAUUCCAGAGGAAGCAUUGAGUGCAGAUAGCUUGCAAUCUCAAUCUCAAACCUUUUAUUGGCAUAUUGACAGAAUUCUGAAAGGUUCAAUACAAUAAAAUCACUCAACAAAAUCCAGUAAUGAAAACACUGUUGCAUAACAUUUUUGCUUUGUGUGCAUGAGAGAGAAACAGGCACCUUCAACCAUCUCUCUUUUCCUCCCCAGAUGAUUGAUGGUGAGGCAUUCCUUCUGCUGACUCAGACUGACAUCGUGAAGAUCAUGAGCGUCAAACUUGGACCAGCGCUUAAAAUCUACAACGCCAUCCUCAUGUUCAAGAACGCUGAUGAUACCUUGAAGUGA